GGAAGUGAAGUCAAACCGUUGUUAGCAUUAGCUUCGUCAAGCCACUGCUCGUGUAUACUGAUAAGUGGACGUAUUCAAAAGACGGUUGUUUUGUGGUAUCUCAGAUUAAUAUUUGAUCACUUAAAGUAAAGAUGGAUUCAGUCCAGAGUCUGAGAGAGUUGAUCAACGAGCGACUAACUGCUGCUGCUGAAGAAAUAUUCACGGAGUUUGAGAAAACCAUCGUCCAGUACGAGGAGGAGAUCGAUCGUCAGCGCAGACUGCUGGAUGUCAUCUGGAAAGCAGAGAGAAAGUUCCACACAACAGAUCUUCUACAACAAAAUGUCCAGGAGGAGAAUGUUCUUGCUGAGCAGAAUCUCUGCAACCAGGAGAGGAACUCCAAUCUGGACCAGGAGGACCCGGAGCCUCCACAGAUGAAAGAGGAGCAGGAAGAACUGCGCACCAGUCAGGAGGGAGAGCAGCUUGUACUGAUGGAAGAGGCUGAUGCACUGGUUCAGGGCAACUCCAACUGUGAAGAAAUAUUUGGAGUUUCUGAUAAACGGCUCGGCCAGUUGGAUGAAGACAUCGAUGAUCAGCACAUGCUGAAGGAUAUGAUCUGGAAGCCCCGAAUAAUAUUACACAGAAUUGACCACCAACAUCAAGAUGUCUGUAAAGAGGGGAAUGGUCUCGCUAAUCAGCAUCUCUGUAACCAGGAGAACAAGUUUCGUCUGGACCAGAAAGAGGCAGAACCUCCACAGAUAAAAGAGGACCAGGAGGAACUGUGCACCAGUCAGCAGGGAGAGCAGCUUGUACUGAAUCAAGCGACUGACACUUUUCUAUCGAUUUCAACUGAUAUGGACAGUGACCUCAGUGAACUCAAACCAAACAGUGACCACCUCUUCUCUUACAAUUCAACAGUAGCUGAGAGCCCACAUCAGGACGGAAGCAAGCUUGUAGCCUCACGUUCAACUAGAAAUGAAACACCAAAACCAAAGAGUCAUAGCAGUUGCAAUGUAGCCAAGUCUUCAAUGUCAGAACAUCACUGUGAUGUUGAUACUAGUAUAAUAAAAUGUGAUGUUUUUGGAAACAUUUUUCAGAAUAAGCACCAAAUCAAGCAACAUCACCAAAUCCACAAAGGUGUAAAACCAAAUGAUUGCAAUGCAUGCGGGAAAAGUUUUAGUUCAUGGUCUCACCUGAAAGCCCAUAUGAGUAUUCACACCAGUGAGAAACGAUUUUCUUGUGAAAAAUGUGGGAAACGUUUCCGCCAAAAUGGUCAUCUGACUGUCCACAUGAGAACUCACACAGGUGAGAAGCCAUUUUCUUGUGAAAGAUGUGGGAAAAGUUUCAAUCGAAGUAGCAGUGUGACUGUCCACAUGAGAACUCACACAGGUGAGAAGCCGUAUUCUUGUGAAAGAUGUGGGAAAAGUUUUAGUGAACGUUGUAAGCUGACUGUCCACAUGAGAAUUCACACAGGUGAGAAGCCAUAUUCUUGUGAAACAUGUGGGAAAAGUUUCAAUCAAAAUAGCAGUCUGACUGUUCACAUGAGAACUCACACAGGUGAGAAGCCAUAUUCUUGUGAAACAUGUGGGAAAAGUUUCAAUCGGCGUGGGCAUCUCACUGCCCACAUGGAUACUCACACAGAGUCUUCACUUUUCAUGUGUUGAUAAAUUUGUAUAUUAUCUCCAACCGGAUGAAAUGAAAUCUUACGUUUGUUAAUAAUGGCUCCAUAGGGCAGCAUAUACAACAGACUGGGUUCAAAAUGGAACCUCAUGGUACCCAACAAGUGAGUUUGAGGACAAUGACUUCAGUCCAUGGCCAUGAACUGUUCAAGAUGUCAUAUAAGGAUUCUCUGAUUCAUUGUCGAGGCAGCAGUCAGGACGAGAAUCAUCAGAACAGCAGUGACUCAUUAAAAACUGUUGAAAGAGCUGUUUCAGAUCUGUGACGUGGUUUAAAACCAGGCAGUUUUUUUUCCAUGAUAAUUAAAACAUCUGUGAGCAUGAAUAAAGGUUUGUACAUUUGUGGACUUA